AUGGGUGCUCAACAUCCAACCGUUUUUCUUACCUCCUCCUGCCUCCCCUUCCCUCGUCUCGCCGAGCAGAUGCUCGUCUCCACCCUCAAGGACCGCAUUGCACCGCUGCUGGGCGUGCCAGCGGGCAGGCAGCGGCUGGUGUUCCGCGGGAAGGUGCUCAAAGACGACAGCACCGUCGCGUCCUACGGUAUGCCGCGCGCCAUCUCUCCCCCCUUCCCCCCGCCGCUAUGGUGUGCGCCAUCUCUCCCCCCUUCCUCCCGCCGCUAUGGUGUGCGCCAUCUCUCCCCCCUUCCCCCCGCCGCUACCGUACGCGCCAUCUCUCCCCCCUUCCCCCGCCGCUAUGGCAUGCGCCAUUUCUCCCCCCUUCUCCCCGCGUCCUAUGGUACACGCCAUCACUUCCGCCUUCCCCCCGCAUCCCACGGUACACGCCAUCACUCCCCCCUUCCCCCCGCCACUACAAUAGGCGCCAUCACUCCCCCUUCCCCCCGCCCCCCUUUCCCCCCCCGCCGCUACUGUAGGCGCCAUCACUCCCUCCUUGCCCCUGACCCCCUUCCCCCCGCUGCUAUGCCCGAGAGGCCACGUAUGCAUGCAUCUGCUGUUGCUUCUGGGUCGAGCGAGGGGGCGGGGGGAGAUGGGCCUGGGGGCGGUUCUGGCCAGCCACUUACUCACAUGCAGAUAGACGGCAUGCCCGGUGCAGCCACUCUCCACAUGGGCGCAGUUAACAUUCACACGGACGGCUCCCCAAUGAUGCCGGACCUUAACCAGAUUGUGACAGGCGUUCUGAGCUCCAUUGGACUUAACCCCUUUGCAGGCAACACCAGCGCCACCAUCAACGUGACACAGCCGGGCGGCACAGCGAGUGGGGCGACAGGGGGAGGGUCGGCAAGAGCAGCAGCAGGGAGAGGAGGAGCGGGAGGAGGGGCGGCAGGAGGAGGAGGGACAGGAGGAACAGGGGGAGGGGUAGGAGGGGGAGCGGAAGGAGGAGCGGGAGGGAGAGGAGGAGGGGAUGGCUCCGGGAGGUCACAGGGAGGGCCGGAGUUUCAGAUUCAUGUUGACACUGUCAUUCAAGGCCCCAUGCCCAUGCCCAUGGGUGUUCCUAUGGGCGUUCCCAUGGGUGUGCCCAUGCACAUGCCGAUGGGUAUGCCCAUGCAGAUGGGUAUGCAGAUGCCCAUGCACAUGCCUAUGGGCGGCGGCCCAAGACACGCUGCAAGGCAAGCAUACGUGCAUGCCUCACUCACUCGCCUGCACAACAACUUCCUUCCCCUUCUCUCCCCCUCGCCCCCUGCUAUCACCGCUCCCUUGAAUGAACCCUAUGGCAGGCAGGAGGCCUGGACGCGCUGGCCACUAUCGACGCGUGCCCCGCAGGCAGAGAGAGAGCAGGCUCGCCGCCAGGCCCUCGCCCCGCUCCCGCGACUAGCUGCCAACAUUCGCCGCCUCGAAAGCAUUCUCAGAGGCUCCGCUUCAUCCCAGCUUCUGAACCUGGCGUCACGGCUGGAAGGGGCGGCAUCAGUGCGGGACGCGGCGGAGUGGGCGGCGGCAAGGGAGGUGGUGGAGGGUGUGGGGCACACGCUGCAGCAGAUGGGCCCGCUGCUGCUCGAGCUGGGCCGCCUGUGCCACUCCGUGCACCUGGGGGAUACCGUGGGAGAGGCGAGGCUGCAGGCGUCUCACCCGGUGUUCAUCAACCAGUUCGGCCCCAACCCCGUCAUCACACAGAGAGUUGCUGACGUGUCAGAGCAGCAAAGGCGGCAGCAGCAGCAGCAGCAGCAAGUGGAGGACUACCAUAUCAACCUGCAACCAGCGGGUACUGCUGCUGCUGCUGCUGCUGCUGGGGCGGGUGCUGCUGGGGGCGCUGCUGCUGGGGGGGCUGGUGGCAUGGCGCAUGGGAUGGGGGGCAUGUGGGGAAUGGGGCAUGGCAUGGGCAUGGGGGGGAUGUACCAGUACCCGUAUCCUUACACAUGGGGGUAUUGGCAGCAGCAGGGGGAGGGGGGAGACGCUGAGGAAGGGGAGGAGGAGGGUGAGGAGGGCGGGGGAGAGGCAGAGGAGGAUCCGGAGAGGCAGAGGGAGAUGGAGGAGGGGCGGUCACAGCUGCUGGCAGCCAUGUUCUCCGUGUUUGGGGACACGCUUGAGUCAUUGGUGCCGGAAGAGGAGGAGCAGGCAGAGGGGGGAGGAGGGCAGGGAGGCGGAGAAGCAACUCAGCAGCCGGCAGGCAGCAGGGGCGGGCAGGAGGGGGACGCAGCCAAGGAGAGCGCUCAGGCACCAGUUGAGAGGGCGGCAGGAGGAGGGGGGGAGGGGGAGCGGGGAGCGGGGGAGGAGGGGGAGGAUGUGGGGCAGCGGCUGCUGCAGGCCAUGGGGCCUCUGCUGCACCGCCUGUCUGCUGCCAUGCAGGGCCGCCAGGGGCAGCAGCAGGGACAGCAGCAGCAGGGACAGCAGCAGCAGGGAGAGGCGGGGGGAGGUCAAGCAGAGCAGGCGCAAGGGGAGGGUGGGGCAGCCGACGAGAAGGAAGGCGAUGCGAUGGAUUGUGACGGGAAGGAGGAGGGUGGCACGGAGGGGGGGAAUGAGCGAGGAGAGGUGCCUGCUUGGAGCCCGCCCCCCCCUCCUCCUGCUGCACCCCCCCCUGCUUCCCCCCCACCUUCCUUCCCACCUGGCGCGCUGCACACAAUUGACCAGGUGGAUUUUCAGGUGAAAGCACAUGGAUGCCGUGUCGAGGGCAGCAACUGCGGGAGUGAUAUCAGGGGUGGAAGCAGCAGUAACAGCGCAGAGCAGCACCUAGGGCACGACGAGAGGGGCCCACUCCCUGCCUACAGCCGUCCUCCUCCCCCCCCAAGCGCCCGCCCAUCACCCUCUCCCCCUGCUCCUGGCAAGAAGGCUGCGUCAUCAGAUGCACAGGCAAGACACAUUCUCUUCACCUCGUGA